AAUACUUAUAGAUAGACAAGAAGGCACAGCAGUUGUAGUGUGCAUAACUUUUCCACCGACGCCAGAUUGAUAAGCGUCUGGUCGGGAUCGCCACCGCCACCGCCGCCGUUAUCGACUUCGAAUCCUGGCGGUAUCCAUAUCCACUUACGUCUCCGGAGGGAGAGAAAUGACGUCGUCUGCAGGCGGGAUGUACAUGGCUUUCUCUCCCUCUCCUUCGGCUCCUCACUCUCCUCAUCUUCCUGGUCUUCGCUCUCCGUCCUCUGCAUCUGCUGCUGCUCUACUUGAGCAAGAAAAGUAUCUCUCUGAGUUAUUGGCAGAGCGACAGAAACUUAGUCCGUUUAUGCCUGUGCUUCCUAAUAGUUAUCGCUUGCUGAACCAAGAAAUAUUGCGUGUAACCACUCUAUUGGGGAAGGCAUCAGUUUUAGGUCAAAGUGGGCUUGAACAUGCCAGCCCCCUGGCUUCUGGAGGAAUAUUUUCAAAUGGAGGUGCUGACAUGAGUGCAUGGCCAUCACGGUUUCAAUCAGAAAUGUCAGGUUUAUUACAACCAUCAUCAGCACAAAAUUGGCUAAGUUCUCAAGGUAGCUCAUCAGGUCUUAUUGUGAAGAGAACCAUCAGAGUAGACGUUCCCGUUGACAACUUCCCUAAUUAUAACUUUGUCGGCCGCCUCCUUGGACCUAGGGGAAACUCUCUCAAGCGAGUGGAGGCCAGUACUGAUUGUCGAGUUUUGAUUAGAGGGCGUGGUAGCAUUAAGGAUCCAGCUAGGGAAGAAAUGAUGAGAGGAAAACCAGGUUAUGAGCAUUUGAAUGAGCCUCUCCACAUCCUUGUUGAGGCGGAAUUGCCCGUUGAAAUUAUUGAUGCUCGCCUUAUGCAAGCCCGUGAGAUUCUUGAGGACUUGCUCAAACCAAUGGAAGAAUCUCACGACUUCUACAAGAAGCAACAGCUACGGGAGCUAGCCAUGCUUAAUGGCACGCUUCGUGAGGAGGGCUCGCCUAUGUCCAGUUCAGUGUCUCCCUUCCACAAUAGCCUUGGAAUGAAGAGAGCCAAGACUAGGGGGUAAAUCGAAUUGCUGCUUCAUAGAAGAGGCUUUUGGAGAUUGUUUUCUAGCGUCUGGGAGUAAUCAGCAGUCCCAUUCCAAGGUGUUGCCUGCAGCCAAUGCCUUCACUGCAAUCGGGGCACUCGCACUCUUAUGUGCAGGUUCUUACUAAAAUUUAUAUGGUGUGUUUAUGUAGUAUUCGGAAGAGAAGGUAAUGUACUGACAUGGAAAUGUCAAAGCAGUAAAGGAUUACUAGCGAUUGGGGGGGGCUAUAUAUAUAUUUGUUGCUCUAGCAGUUAAUGGUUUGCGAAAUCUCUCAAAAGAAUUUAAUGUGCGUUAUUUACUAGGCUUUUUUUAUAAGGUUAUGAUAGAAGUUCUGAUAUUAUUUAGGAUUGUGGGUUCUUUUGGGACUUAAAGAAAAAAGGGCCAAGGCUUGUAAGCGAUUGUGAGGUACAGGAACUAUUGAUUUAUUAAGUUGUUUUUUUGUUUCUGUUGGGUGUGUUUUGUACUAGAAAGAGUAGAAAUCUUUUCCCCCCUUCAAAAACAUUCUUUAUUAUUUCCUUUUUAUAUGAUCUAGAGAUUCAAAACCUUUGAUAUA